AUGGCUGUUCAAAGCAAAAGUAGCGGCGCCGCCGCGUGGAGGGCGGAGGAGGCUAUCGCCGGAAAUUCUGAAGCUUUACAAGCGCUGAGGGAGCUCAUUUCCUAUCCUAUGCUCUACUCUCGCGAAUCCAAAUCACUCGGCUUAAAAUGGCCUCGUGGUUUGCUGCUCUACGGUCCACCGGGCACGGGGAAGACAAGCUUGGUUCGAGCCGUCGUUCGCGAAUGUGAUGCGCAUUUGAGCGUUAUUAGCCCGCAUUCUGUUCACAAAUCACAUGCUGGAGAAAGCGAGAAAGUUUUGCGUGAGGCUUUUGAUGAAGCGGCAUAUCAUGCAAAAUCUGGAAAACCUUCAGUUAUCUUUAUUGAUGAAAUAGAUGCACUUUGCCCUCGUCGAGACUCGAGGAGGGAACAAGAUAUUCGUAUAGCUACUCAGCUCUCCUUGUUGAUGGACAAAAACAAAUCUUUGUUGGCGUCUGGAUUGCAUGUUCUGGUUGUUGCAUCUACUAAUAGAGUUGAUUCAAUUGAACCUGCUCUGAGACGUUCAGGACGUUUUGAUGCUGAGGUUGAAGUCUCCACUCCCAAUGAAAAUGAACGCAUUCAAAUCCUGAAGCUUUAUACAAAAAAGCUUCCUUUGGAUACAACUGUGAACCUUGAUGGGAUAGCUGCAUCUUGUAAUGGUUAUGUUGGGGCAGAUUUAGAAGCUUUAUGUCGCGAGGCUGCCAUGUCUGCUCUGAAGAGAUCCUCCAAUAUAGACCAAGAUGCUAGUAAGUUUAGUAUUACUAUGGAUGACUGGAAUCUGGCUAAGUCUGUGGUUGGCCCCAGUAUAACUAGAGGUGUUACUGUGGAAAUUCCGAAGGUCUUCUGGGAUGACAUCGGAGGGCUAAAUGACGUGAAGAAAAAGCUUCAGCAAGCAGUUGAAUGGCCCUUGAAACAUUCUUCAACAUUUUCAAGGCUUGGGGUAUCACCUGUCCGUGGUAUACUUCUUCAUGGGCCUCCAGGGUGCUCAAAAACAACCCUUGCUAAGGCUGCUGCUUGUGCUGCGCAAGCUUCUUUUUUCUCUUUGAGUGGUGCAGAGCUAUAUUCCAUGUAUGUUGGCGAGGGUGAAGCUUUAUUACGUAAUACAUUUAGGAAAGCUCGAUUGGCUGCACCAAGCAUAAUAUUUUUUGAUGAGGCUGAUGUGGUUGCUGCAAAGAGAGUAGGGGCCUCAAGUGGCAGUUCAACAGUUGGGGAAAGACUUCUCACUACUAUGUUGACUGAAAUGGAUGGUUUAGAGCAGGCUAAAGGGAUUCUUGUUCUGGCUGCUACAAAUAGGCCCCAUGCAAUUGACGCUGCACUUAUGCGUCCUGGGCGCUUUGAUAUAAUACUUUACGUACCACCACCAGAUUUAGAAGGUAGGCACGAGAUCCUUCGUGUACAUACACGAAAGAUGAAGAUAGGCAACGACGUUGAUCUCAGAGAAAUAGCAGAAGAUACCGAGCUGUUCACUGGAGCGGAGCUUGAGGGGUUGUGCAAAGAGGCAGGAAUUGUUGCUCUGAGGGAAGACAUAUCCGCCACAGACGUGUGCAGCAGACAUUUUGAGGCCGUGAUGAGAUCUCUGAGGCCAGCUCUUAGCCGAGAAGACGUCGAUUCUUAUGCCUCAUUCCGAAAGAAUCCGCCUGUAAGACUUUCUGCUGCAUCUGAAUCUGAGCACAAGCAGCAAAGCAGAGGGAGCAAGAGUCUACUGCUUGCUGCAGUUCCUGCUGCAAUAGCUGUAGUUAGUAUAGUUUUUUAUAAUAGUCUCAAAAAUAUUGUUACCUCUAGAGAGCAACGAGCUACUUGAACAUGUGUUAUAUUUAUUCUACAAGCUAAAUUAUUUAUUCACUUUAUUUUUGGAA